AUGCCAAGAAGGGUAAUCAAUUAAUCAAUCUACAGUAACCCCUAAAAUAUUUUUGUAGAGAGCUGAACAUGGACAUCAAAAGCCAGGUUGCUGUGAAUUAUUAUUGAAUUUAAUAUGUGGUUGUGGAAUGUGUUGUUUCAUGUUUUGUUGUCCUCCAAUUCCAUCAAUUAUUGUAAAAAAGUUUGCAUUUCAUCCACCGGAAAAAGAUUUAACAUAUCGUAUUGUAUCAAAAAAUGAAUCUGAUCGAAAAAUAAAAAAUAUUUCUGAUUUAAAAAAUAAUGAAGAUAUCGAAUUGAUUAUUCGGAAAAUGGACAAGAAAAAUGAGGAACAUUGUUUUUCGAAAGAAGAAGUUGAAGUAUUUUCAGUGGAAACUGAUCGAAAAAAUAAUAUUGUUUGUGUUCGAUGUUAUCCAAAACAACAAUCAAAACAUUCACAACUUCAAGAUCAAGUUAUAUUAUUUUGUCAACCAAAUUCUUCUGAUCUUGGCGGAUAUCUUCAACCAACUUUCAUGAAUUUUUUGAGUUAUGCAAACUAUUUUGAAAUGGAUGUGUUUGCGUUCGAUUAUUCUGGGUAAUUUUGAUUUUGGGAGUUCAGAAAAUUUCGAUUUUUGUCUAGGAAUAAAGAUUGAUGUUGAGUAAUCUGAUUGUGAACAUGACUGGGUUACUGUAGCUUGAUUUUCAAAAUAAUUUUUCAGAUUUGGAUAUUCAUCUGGUUCACCAAGCGAGAAAAAUAUCAAUUCAGAUGUUCGUGCAGUUUACAAAAAAGUUCGAGAAUUGUGUCCAGAAAAGCGGAUAGUUUUAUUUGGUUUUAGUAUUGGAACAACUGCUGUCAUUGAUUUAGCAUCUUCAAAUCCUGAUGAUUUGGCUGGUGUUAUUUUGGUUGCACCAUUUACAAGUGGAAUAAGAUUGAUGACUGGAAAAGCAGAUGAUCCAAAGACAUGUUGUGCUGAUUCUUUUACAAGGUGGGCAAAUCCUGAUGCUGACUCAAAUUAGAAAACCCUAUUUUGGUCCAAUAAUUCACUCUCAUAAGCUUUGUGUCCUCAAUGAGUUGCCUUUAUCAUCAAAUCAAAUCAUAAAAAAGUGAAUCUACACAAGGAAAAAAUCGAAAGUCAAUCCAAAAAUCUCGUUUUCAACCCUCUCUCUUUCUCUUUUUAUCAUUUCCCAAAAAACAAGCAUUUUCCAGCUAUGAUAAAAUUGGAAAAAUCGACUGCAAAGUGUUAAUUUGUCAUGGUGAUUCGGAUGAAAUGAUACCAUUAAUUCACGGUUUAACAUUAAAUGAAAAACUGAAAAAUCCGGCACCAAUUGCAAUAAUUCGAGGAGCAACACAUCAAAAUAUAUUGAGUCCAUCGCAUAUUACAACUUUUGAUCGAAUUUUGAGGUUUUUGAAAACUGAAACAAAUUUGAGCUCGAGGUCGAAUGAAAGAAAAAGAAAAGAGGAUAAAAAUGAGGAAAGUGUAGAAAGUGAACAUGAUGAUAAAUGA